AUGCCGCUUAGAUUGGAUCAUUCUAGUCACGACUGCACCAAAUGUUUCUUGGUGGUUCGUAAGGAUCUUCUCCGCCGUGACUUAGAGUCUGCCAUUAAGGAUUUGCAGGAUCAAGUGCGUAGUGGGGAGGCUUCUUCAGAGGAAUUCUUUGAGCUAGGGGCUGUAAUGCUGCGAAAAAAAUACUAUGUUCUUGCAAACAAGUAUCUGGAGCAGGCGAUCAAGAAAUGGGAUGGUGAUGAAGCCGAUUUGGCUCAGGUAUACAAUGCAUUGGGCUUCAGCUACUUCAGAGACAACAAGCUAGAUGAGGCCAUCAACCUUUUCGAGAAGGCAGUAAAGCUACGACCAGGGUAUGUUAUUGCAUGGUACAACCUGGGAAACGUUUAUGAAGUUAAGAAGGACUUCAAAAAUGCUUUAAAAGCUUAUGAGGAAUCUUUGUUAUUCGACCCAAAUAACAAGAUUGCUCAGCGACGACGUGAUGCUAUAAAAGAACGGGUUGAUAGGUUUCGAAAUAUCCCUGACAAAGAUUAAUCCCUGCCAAGUCUCUGUGAUUCAGGAUCCUUAGAUUAGCGAGUUUUUUUGCUUCGUUCUUCCUCGGCCACUAGCCUCGUUCGUAACCUCCAUUCACUGUAUCACUUUAGUGACUAGUUUCUUUCCUUUGAGAUCUCUUCCGGUCAGUACGCACAUCUAGCAUAGAGUAGGUAGGACUGCGAAGGCACUUGGAAUUGUCAAGAAGGUGGCCAUUCAAGGUCUUUCGAGGCAAGACUGUAUAUGCGUCCUGAAGGGACGUAUAAUUUUAUAUUCACGCUAUAGCAGCAUCGAAUUCUAUCAGUGCACGUUGCGGCCGGCAGAUCCAAAGAGACCUCGCUCUCAUCCUGACACAGUAAAUUCAGAGCAUAUUGUUAACGUUAAUAUGAAUUUCCUAUCAAUUGAUGGCCACCCACGUUGUUCGCCGCAAUGUGUUGAGAAGUUGUAGAACCAGCACCCCAUAAAUUCCCACUUUGUGACAAAAGUAGUGCAGGACUAGGUUAAAAAAGAGAUAUACCCAAAACAGAAGGGGGCCUCAGCGAGUAUUCAGGCGAGGUGGCGUGUUUUGGGCCCUUGAAUCAAUACGUGCAACUUAUGCAUCUCUUUAGUUCCUCCGCUUCUCUGUUGCUCACUCCCGUCUUUGAGCACUCCACCAUCUCCAGUUGUUUCUUCCUUGACUCGUCGCUGUUAGAUUGCAAUGACUACAGCGAUGGCGUCCUCGGCUGCACUGACAGCUCUUGCGAGCGGCCAAGAAGUUCUUCGGAGUGGCGUUACGCAGAAGUUCUCUGGCCUUAGGGUUGCCGCUUUCCCUCUGAAGAAGGACAACGUCGCUCUUUACGUUAAGGGCAAGUCAACGUCAGUCAUGUCGGUUGCCACUGAUGUAUCUCGAUUCGAGUCAGUAACCAUGGCUCCUGCGGACCCCAUCCUGGGAGUUUCAGAGGCUUUCAAGAAGGACAACAGCGAGAAGAAGCUGAACUUGGGAGUAGGUGCUUACCGAACUGAGGAUCUCCAGCCCUAUGUAUUGGAGGUCGUUAAGAAGGCUGAGAAGAAAAUGCUGGAAGGUGGCGACAACAAAGAGUACCUUCCCAUUGAGGGACUUGCUGCUUUCAACAAGGCUACUGCAGAGUUGCUAUUGGGAGCCGACAACGCCGCCAUUAAAGAGAACCGGGUUGCCACCGUCCAAGGCCUUUCUGGUACGGGUUCUCUUCGCUUGGGUGCUGCUUUCAUUCAACGUUACUUCCCUGGCAUCACCGUUUACAUCUCUUCUCCAACUUGGGGAAACCACAAGAACAUAUUUAAUGAUGCUGGUGUCCCAUG